AUGGGCUCCGACGUCCGCGACCUCAACGCUCUCUUGCCGCCGUCGGUGCCGCCCCUGCCGGGCAACGGCAACUGCUCCAUGCCGGUGAGCAGCGCGACGCAGUGGGCUCCCGUGCUGGAUUUCCCGCCGGCGGCUUCUUACGGCUCGCUGGCCCCGCCGCCCUCGGCCUUCAUCAAGCAGGAGCCCAGCUGGAGCGCCGGCGAGCCCCACGAGGACCAGUGCCUGAGCGCCUUCACCGUCCACUUCUCCGGCCAGUUCACCGGCACGGCCGGCGCUUGCCGCUACGGCCCCUUUGCGCCGCCCCCGCCGCCCAGCCAAGCGCCCUCCGGCCAGGCGCGGAUGUUCCCCAACGGGCCUUACCUGCCCAACUGCCUCGAGAGCCAGCAAGCCAUCCGCAACCAAGGUUACGGCACAGUGGCGUUUGAUGGAGCUCCAAGUUACGGCCAUACUCCCUCUCAUCCUGGGGCACAGUUUACAAACCACUCCUUCAAGCACGAGGACCCCAUCGGCCAGCAGACGCCUUUAGGUGACCAACAAUAUUCGGUGCCUCCCCCAGUGUACGGCUGCCACACUCCCACAGACAGUUGCUCCAGCAGCCAGGCUCUUCUCCUGAGGAACCCUUACAACAGUGACAAUAUAUACCAAAUGACUUCUCAGCUUGAAUGCAUGACAUGGAACCAAAUGAACUUGGGAUCCACACUUAAGGGCCAUGGGACAGGAUAUGAAAGUGAUAAUCACGCAGCCCCGAUGUUAUACAGCUGUGGGGCCCAAUACAGAAUACAUACCCAUGGAGUGUUUAGAGGAAUUCAAGAUAUGCGGCGGAUGUCUGGAGUGGCUCCAACAAUUGUUAGAUCAGCAGGCGACACAAAUGAAAAGCGACCUUUCAUGUGUGUGUAUCCUGGCUGUAACAAACGAUAUUUUAAACUGUCUCAUUUACAGAUGCAUGGUAGAAAACACACUGGAGAAAAACCGUAUCAGUGUGACUUUAAGGACUGUGAACGAAGAUUCUCUCGUUCAGAUCAACUCAAAAGGCACCAAAGGCGACAUACAGGAGUCAAACCUUUCCAGUGUAAAACCUGUCAGAGAAAGUUCUCCCGAUCUGAUCAUCUGAAGACUCACACCAGGACUCAUACAGGUGAAAAACCUUUCAGCUGUCGGUGGCCCAGCUGCCAAAAGAAAUUUGCUCGUUCUGAUGAAUUGGUCCGUCAUCAUAAUAUGCACAACAGGAACAUGACUAAACUUCAACUUACCCUUUAG